CAAUUCUCUCCCCUUCACCCUCCAAAGGUUGGCUCGAUUCGAUCUGGGGACAGAAAUGGCCUCCACAGGAAUACCAGCGCUGCGGAACCUGUUCGGCGGCCAACUGCGCUCGCUGCGCGCCUCCAACCAGCGGCGCUGGGCCCAAGUCCACGAUGUGCGAUUCCUCGCCACCACGCAGGCGUCCCGCAACGUCCUCGAGAAGUACCGCGAGAAGCUCGACGCAAAGGCCCGCCAGGAGGGCCAUGCCGACAUCCAGGACCUGAAGAAGGCCUAUGCCGACAAGAUACAAGAGAUCCGAAAGAAAGAUGCUACGAUACCAGGCAUUCCUCCCCUGGACCAACCUCCAGCUCCCACAAACGGCGCCACCACCGCUGCUCCUUCUGUUCCUCCUCCUCCCAAAGGCCAAUUGACACCCGAGGCCGCCGCCGCCCACCAGACGGCAAAACCAACCAGCUACCCGAACAAAUCAGGCGUCAAGUCGCUCGACCAGAUCCUGGACCUGCCCAAGGCGCGCACGCUGCCCGUCCCCGAGCUGACGGCAAUCUGGCGGCUGCGGCACGCGAGCAGCCCGCAGAACCUGUGCGCGGUGGUGCCGCAGCACACGUACGAGGCGAUGGAGGCCGAGGCGCGCAAGCACCCCCAGUUCGUGCUGCCGCUGCCCCACCCGGAACAGGGCGCCGAGAUGCACUUCCUGCAGUGGACCUUCGACCCGGCCACGCACACGAGCACCGUACUCUUCACGCAGCUGGCCGAGUACAAGACGCGCGGCGAGUUUGCCGUCCCGCACACCACCAUCACGCACCACCUCGACCUGGUCGCUGAAAAGCGCGUCGUGCUCAUGCAGGGCACCGUCGUUGCGGACCGCGGGGUGAAGCCUGACGAUGCGAGGUGGUUGGUCAUGUGCCUGCAGAGGUUCUACGGCGGCUGGGACGGCGAGAAGAACGACGCGCUUGGAAAGGAGAGGGCCGACGAGAGGAAGAGGCUGCUUGAGUGGUUCGGCAAGGGUGACUCCAGGUUCAGCGUUGAGAAGUUGCUGGAGGAGGCCGAGAGGCUGCCAUGACGAGAUGGGGCGAACUAGACUUUUCCUACCACGCAACGGGAUAUACCAUAGUAAGGACCACACAUAGCAAGCAAUAUAGCUUGACUGCUGUAAAAUAGACAGGAAUGUAUAAACAGCCAUUUUUAG